GUGUGUGUGUGUGGGGCGUUCCCAUACCAAGGGCUACCACCAGUCCACUCAUACCAGUGUGGUGCUAAUGGUGUUUGGAUGUGCACGCUGAACACCAUGGCCUCCGCGUGUAACCUGCCGCCUCACCUAUCCCGCUUUGGGCUUCUGGGAAUGUCAGAAGACCAGAAUGGAAUGUGGUGUGUGGUGUCCCUAGAGUCCGUGUCUGCGGAAGUGACCAUUCGUGGCUUCGUGGCCCAAGUGACCGCCAGCAUGGUGUAUCACAACACUGCCUCACACCCACUGCAGGUGCGAGCGGUGCUGCCCGUGGAGGAGGGCGCCGCCGUGUACCACUGCGAGGCACGGCUGGACGGCAGAACCAUCGUGACUCACUGCAUGGAGAAGAAAAAGGCGGAGAAGGUGUACAAGGAGGCUGUGGAAAAGGGGAAGACAGCUCUCAUGACACGAGAAGACCCUGACUCAAGCGACAUUCUCACUCUUAACCUCGGCAACUUCCCUGCAGGGUCGAGGGCCGAGGUCACCCUGCGUCUGGUGAUGGAACUGCGUGUGGAGACAGACGGCGCCAUCAGCUUCGUCCUGCCGGCAGUGCUCAACCCGCGCUACACCCCGGCUGAUCAUCCUCGCAGGGAAGACUGGAAAUGGAACUGGAACUUGGGUGAGCGAGAGGUGCACGUGUCGCAGCCUUACUCCAUGGAGGUGAAGGGGCAGGUGUGUGGCAGCCAUCAGAUAGCUCAGGUCAUCUCCCACACUGACCCACUCAACGUGACCCUGGCUGAUGAUGCCAUGUCUGCCCAGGUGAGCCAGGAAGGAGGGUUCAGCUGCGACCACGACUGGAGCAUGCUGGUGUACUACAAGAACGCCUACCAGCCCCACCUGCUGCGGGAGACCGGCGAACGCUCCGCCACCGGGAUCAUGAGGGACGACCUGCUCAUGCUGAACCUCUUCCCAGAGGUGCCGACCAACUCCUACUCCAGCAGGAACGAGAUUAUCUUUGUCAUCGACCGCUCAGGAAGUAUGAAUGGGGACAAGAUACAGAGUGCCCGAGCAACACUUCUUCUGUUCCUCAAGAGUUUGCCUCCGGGUUGCCUCUUCAACAUUGUCAGCUUUGGCUCAACCUUCUCACUGCUCUUCCCGAAGGGGAGUUGUGCAUACUCAGAGACAACGCUGCGUGAGGCGUGCCAGCUGCAGGCCGCAAUGGACGCUGACAUGGGGGGCACAGAGAUCCUGGCGCCCUUCAAGGACAUCUACAACAAGCCACCCAUACCUGGCUACUCACGACAGAUCCUGCUCAUCACGGACGGGGAGGUCACCAACGUGGAUCAGGUGGUGCAGUUGGUGGGGCGCCACGCACACGAGACAAGGCUGUUCUCUGUGGGCAUUGGGCAUGGGGCAUCCACUGCCCUGGUGCGUGGGGCAGCCAGGGCAGGGCGUGGGAGGUCAGAGAUGGUUGUACAGCAAGGACUGCUGCAGCAAAAGGUGAUGGGCCUGGUGAGCUCCAUGGUGCAAGAGAACAUACAAGGGGUGACCGUGGCUUGUGAGGUAGAGCCAGCCUGCAGGGUGACACUGGUACCCAAGGUGCCGCCUGUCAUCUUUGGUGGCCAGCACCUCAUCUUGUAUGCCAGGGUGCCCCCUGCCACACAGGUCAAGAAGAUCACAGUGCGAGGUCAGCUUGGCACCAGUCCCAUCACGAUGGAGGAGAAACACUUCACUGUGGUGCAUGACGAGGCCAAGUCGCUCCACAGGCUGGCGGCGCGCUCCCAGAUCUUGCAGUGGCAGCUGGACGAGGAGGAGGGAGUGGCAGAGGACAUGGUGGCUCUGAGUGUGGCGAGUGGUGUAGUAUGUCGCCACACAGCUCUGGUGGGCGUGGACCAGGAUUCGGGGAAGCCUGUGCCUGAAUCACCUUGUCAGGACACUCCAAUGUUAGGUUACUUACCGAUGGUAUAUGGUCCAUCAGGAACACAGGAUGCUAAUUUUCUUGAUUUAAGUCAAAAUCUUUUCUCUGCUGUAGGGGACUUAAGUUCACGGUCAAAAUUAACCACCACAUCCAGCUGGCAAACACUAUUGGCCGUGAAAGCGUCUGCUCGAAUCAACUUAAACAGAGAAGAACCGAAAGAACAGUGCAUUUUAUCACAAGACAGUGAAUCAUCAGAUGAAGAGUUGUGUUCCAAAGUUGAGGACGACUCUCAGCCUCCUUUGGAUCUCAUGGCGGUGGUGAGUCUGCAACAGUUUGAUGGGUCGUGGGGGUUGAAGGAUGCAUCGCACCUCACCGCCGUGCCUUUUGAUGUGCUCUCUGCUGCCAAUCCCGCUAAGGGUGAGGCAGCCUGGGCCACAGCGCUGGUGCUAGCGUUGCUGGAGAUGAAGUUUGGUGAGCAGAGGGAGGAGUGGGAGCUGCUGGCCACCAAGGGGCAUGCCUUCCUGGCUGGGUGUGGAGAGCAGCCUGAGGAACUGUUGGUCAGGGCUCGACUCACACUGGAGUCCCAGUGACUCCCCACGGACACAAGGCAGCAGUGGUGGGUGCAACGUGCAGACUUCCCUGCAGGUCUGGCUGGCAGCCACUGCAGAGAGCCGUAGUCAGAAACACUCCUUUCUCACCUCGACUAUUUUCCAAGGCCACAGAGAUGAUUAACUGCAGCUUCAAGAAUGUUUCUCCUGUUCAUAAUGUAGAAAUGUUAAUCUGCUACUCCCAACUGUAGGAGCACCCAUAAAAGCCUGCAACAUUUCAACUAGAGCCCUUUGAAAGUAGUGGAGGUGCAGCAUGGAAGUGUUUGAGAAUAUGGUCCUGAGAGCCAUGGUGGAGCUGUGUGGUGGUGGUGGUGGUGGUGGUGGUGGGUCGAGUGGUUCCCUCAUUGCCACAGGGGUGUCAAGCCACACUUCUUGAAAUGUCAUGAUUUUUCUUGCCACUCAACUUUCAUAUUUUGUUUUAAAUUUAGGUAUAGUUUUUACACACACACCACUAUUUAUGAUUUCUUUAUUUUAUUUUUAUGAUUUUUAUGCAUUUCACUUAUCUAUUGCUGCAUUGGGAAAAUUUUAUUUCUGCACAUCAUUAUAUGUGUGUGUGUGUGUGU